AUGCCACAUGGUGUUACGGAAACGGCUUCAAAUCCAGCCGGGGCAUGUCAUCGACCAGUACAACCACCUCCACCCCCUCCGCGCGUCAGUUCAUCAUUGACUGCAUGCCUCUUGGAGGAUCAGACAAAAACGAACGGACAUUCGGCUUUACCUCGAUCCGUUGGGGUCGAAUUUACUUCAAAUGGUGCUGGCUUGUCCUCUAGACCACUUUCGGAGACUUUGAUUUCCCUAUCCGACCUCCCACCCGUAGGAUUUCCCGAUACACCCGGUGCGCGCAAUGCGUCACAAUCUUCCUUGAUUGAACGAACGAAACAACCUUCAAUAAGUGGUUCCCGUCCACAAUCCCAGCACUCUUAUGAUAUGGCCGACCACAGGAGUUGUGGUAUCUUGGUUACUCCAACAAGUGCGGUUGCAGACACUCCCCACUCCGUAGCUGAACAUCCGAUAAAUACCUCGGCGGUAACUACCGCGUCUUCAUCCACCACCGGCUGUUCGACAACAACCUCUGAAUCCACCCGUUCAGGAUCUGGGUCUGGGCAUAGUUUACCGGGUUCACGCCGAAGCGGUGCUUUGGGUUCAGGAAACGCUGCUGAAAGCCGAUCCAUUGGAAGUGGUGGGAGUUAUCCGAAUUCGAGCCGAUAUUCUCUAUCCCGUUUACCACUACCUCCGGAAGUUACUGAUCCAGCUCUCACGGGUCCGCAUCCACCUGUACCAAUAUUGGGCUCGUUGGAUGAGUCGGCUGAGUUGUCUCAGGCACCGUGGUAUCAGCCACAUGUACCUCGUGAAGUGGCUUUAGAGAUCCUCUCUAGACAACCGCCGGGUAGCUUCGUGAUUCGUGACAGUGGUAGUCAUGCAAAUUGCUACGCACUUUCGGUUCGGUUCGGUGAAGGUGCAGGUCGAUGUAGUGUAUCUGGUCCGGUACCUAGCGUCACUCGUCUGAGUAUGUCUCACGGUUGCCCCGCGUCUGCGACCAGCCCAGCCUAUCCAUUCGCCGGAACCGGGAUCAGUCAUUUUCUUAUUCAGCGUACAGCGCGAGGUGGUGUCCGGUUAAAGGUUUCAUCAUGCUUUCCCGUCGAAUUCUAUCAGUAUUAUCGUUUUGACACUUACGACUAUCUGGUUGUUUUUACUUGCACUCUGCCGCCUAAUUCGUGCACAACAGACACGCAGUUCUAG